AUGGGACUCCCCUGGCGCCCCAUCUCCUGGGCCUCGCUCGUUAUCGCCGUCUCUGUUACUUACCGGCAGCCCGUUUUCUCACGCCAGUUAUUCCUAUGGGCCUUUGCCAGCUCAUGGCUGCUGUCGUUCCUAGGGUGGGCCGUCUGGGCCAUCUUCCUCUGGCCUAAACUAUUCUCUUCACUGCGAAGCCUGCCUGGACCCAAUGAUAACCACUGGCUCAUGGGCCAAUUUCCAAAGAUCGGCGCCGAGGCCACAGGCUUGCCUAUGAUGGAGUGGAGCGUCUGCUCAUUUCAUCACCCAAAGCGCUUUUCUGAGGUUCUUGUCACACGCAACUACGACUUUGAGAAGCCAAAUUCCAUCCGCUGGUCUCUUGGUCGCUCCACUGUCGUCGAGAUCAGCGGCUGGGCCUCCCGCGUCACACUCGACAUUAUUGGCGUCGCCGGCCUGGGUCGCGACUUUGGUGCCGUGCGAGACCCUAACAAUCCUCUCACUAAGACGUAUGAGUACGUGUUCAAACCCAACAAACAGGCCCAGAUCCUCGCCGUCCUGGGCCUCCUCCUGCCGGGACCGAUCGUGAAUGCUCUGCCUCUCAAACGCAACGGCGAUAUUGCUGAGGCCUCGGCCGUCAUUCGCGCCACCUGCCGUCAACUCAUCGAAGAGAAGAAAGCCAACAAGACUCGCAGCACCGACAUACUGUCUGUGGCUCUCGAGAGCGGCGCCUUCACUGACGACAACCUUGUCGACCAGAUGAUGACCUUCCUCGCCGCCGGCCACGAGACGACCGCGUCGGCCAUGACCUGGGCCAUCUACCUGCUGUGCCUGCACCCUGACGUCCAGUCUCGCCUCCGCGACGAGGUCCGCCGCAAUCUACCCUCCCCCAACGACACUGGAACUUCCGUCUCGGCCCCCGAUAUUGACCACCUCCCCUAUCUUUCCGCCGUUUGUGCCGAGGUCCUACGCUACUACGCACCCGUUCCCAUGACCCUGCGUGAGGCCGUCCGCGAUACCACUGUCGACGGCGUGCACGUCCCGCGGGGCACACGCAUCAUGCUCUGCCCGUGGUCCGUCAACAAAGACGCCUCACUCUGGGGCCCCGACGCUUCCUCUUUCCGACCCGAGAGGUGGCUGGGCGCCGGCUCCGGUAGCGGUGGCGCCAGCAGUAACUUUGCUUACAUGACGUUCCUGCACGGGCCGCGGAGCUGCAUCGGGCAGGGCUUUGCUAAGGCGAGUCGCCUGCAUACUAGCUGGCUGGAUCGGCGUUUGAGUUUGGACUCGCAAACCGGGACGAGUACGACGAGAAGAAAUUGGAGAUCAAGGGUGGUGUCACGGCGCGCCGGCGAAAGGUUUGCGGGUGCACACGCGUGUCGUUUCGGGAUGGUGAGCCAUUUGGAGAUAUAA